AUGAGGCGAUCGUCGCGUGCGGCGGGACGAAGAGGCCGAUACGCGCGCGGGCGAAAAAAAUUGAACGGGCCGGCCGGGUUGUUCGCCGCGUUGGCGCUCGCCGAGGCGGGCGAACGCGUGACGGUGUUCGAGCGCGGGCAGCCAGUGGAAGAGCGCGGACGAGACAUCGGCGCGCUAUUCGCGCGCAGACAGUUGAACGAAGAGUCGAAUUUGUGUUACGGCGAAGGUGGCGCGGGCACGUGGUCGGAUGGAAAGCUCACGACGCGAAUCGGUCGAAACAGCGAACGCGUCCGCGCGGUGUUGCACGCGCUCGUCGCAUUCGGCGCGCCUGAGAACAUUCUCGUCGACGGCAAGCCGCACUUGGGUACCGAUCGUUUGGUGCGAAUCUUGCGCACGGCGAGAAAAUAUUUAGAGGGACUGGGGGUGGAGUUUAGAUUCGGCGUGCGGUGCGCGCGGGUGAACCGCGAUCCGAACACCGGGGACGCGUGCGGUGUGACGCUCGCCGACGGCGCCGUGGUGGCCGCCAAAGCCGUCGUGCUCGCCGCCGGGCACUCAUCCAGAGGUCUCAUGGAAGCCUUACACGAAGAAGACGUGAAACUGACGUAUCAAUCCUUCGCGGCGGGUUUUCGCAUCGAACAUCCGCAAGGAAUGUUGGACACGAUUCAAUAUGGCGAAAAGUACGCCGGAUACGUCGACGGCGGUAAAGGCCCGCUCCCGGUGGCGGAUUAUCGCGUGGCGAACACUGUUCCCGACGGCGUCGCCGCUGGACGCGCGUGUUACAGCUUUUGCAUGUGUCCGGGCGGUCAAAUCGUCCCUACGUCCACAGUAGAGGACGAGUUGUGCAUCAACGGCAUGAGUUUCAGCAAAAGAUCGAGCAAGUGGGCAAACAGCGGAUUGGUGAGCACCAUCACCGAACGCGACGCGAAGCCGUUCGCGGACGAAGGCUACGAACCGUUGUGUGGGGUUUCAUUCCAGCGUCACAUCGAACGCGAGGCGGCGAUAAUGGGCGGAGGCAAACUCGUCGUCCCUGUGCAGACGGCGGAGGAUUUUUUGAGCGAAACCGUUUCGAACGCGUCGACGCUUCCGUCGAGUUCGUACAGACUAGGGGUCGUGCCGGGACCGUUACACGAGUUGUACCCACGCGAAGUGACGAAGGCGAUUCAGGAAUCGCUCGCGCGUUUCGAUAAGCAACUCCCGGGAUUUGCCGGUUCACAGGCGCUCAUUCACGCGCCGGAGGCGCGCACGUCGUCUCCCGUUCGCAUAGACCGCGACAAAGAGACGUUAGAGUCCGUGUCGUGUCGCGCGUUGUAUCCCACGGGCGAAGGUGCGGGCUAUGCCGGCGGGAUUGUCUCCGCAGCGUGCGACGGGCUCGCGGCGGCGACGGAAAUUUUGCGCGCGUACAAGAGUGCGCAGGCGUGA